AGAAAUUAUAUAUAACUUAAAUCAAUCGAAAGCCACCGGAAGCAGAAAGUUCCACUUCCUCAUAUCCAAUCACUCAAUCUCUCCUUCUCUCUGAAGUAGCCGGCGUUGUGUUUCCUUGCCGAUCUUCGAUCUCAUAACAACUUCGUUACUGAAGGGACCGUCAUUUACUCGUCAAGAUGAUCACGAUUCCGUAUAUAACUGCCUUGACAACCUACUUCAGCUACGGAUUGCUCUUCGCUUUUGGUCAAUUGCGCGAUUUCUUCCGUAAUAUCGUUGACUGGUGGAAAGCUAGCAAUCUUCAGGGAUAUGCACCGAUCUGCUUAGGGCUAGAAGAUUUCUAUAUUCGCCGCCUCUAUCUUCGUAUUCAGGAUUGUUUUGGACGACCUAUAUCAAGCCCCCCUGAUGCUUGGUUUGAUGUGGUGGAGCGUGUUUCCAAUGAUAAUAACAAGACACUCAAGCGAACUAAAAAAGUUAGCAGGUGUCUUAAUUUGGGAUCAUACAACUACCUUGGAUUUGCUGCAGCAGAUGAAUAUUGCACCCCUCGUGUAAUCGAGUCUUUGAAGAAAUACUUUGCAAGCACAUGCAGUAGUCGCGUUGAUGGAGGCACAACAGCACUGCACUCUGAAUUGGAGGAGGUGGUGGCUGAUUUUGUUGGAAAACCAGCUUCUUUAGUUACUGGCAUGGGUUAUGUCACUAACUCUGCUAUCCUUCCUGUCUUGAUUGGAAAAGGAGGGUUAAUAAUUAGUGAUUCUUUAAACCAUAACUCUAUUGUAAAUGGUGCUCGAGGGUCAGGUGCUACAAUUAGGGUAUUUCAGCAUAACACACCUUCUCAUUUGGAGAAAGUCUUGAGAGAACACAUUGCUGAUGGACAACCAAGAACACAUAGACCUUGGAAGAAAAUCAUUGUUGUGGUUGAGGGAAUAUACAGCAUGGAAGGCGAAAUUUGCAAGCUUCCGGAAAUUGUUUCCAUUUGCAAAAAAUAUAAGGCGUACGUGUAUUUGGAUGAGGCUCACAGUAUUGGAGCAGUUGGGAAAACAGGAAGAGGGGUGUGUGAGCUUUUAGGAGUGGAUACUGCUGACGUGGAUGUUAUGAUGGGAACUUUUACAAAAUCAUUCGGAUCAUGUGGUGGUUAUAUAGCAGGAUCAAAGGAACUCAUUCAAUAUUUAAAAUAUACCUGUCCUGCUCAUUUAUAUGCAACAUCCAUAUCACCUCCUGCUGCUCAACAAAUUAUAUCUUCCAUAAAGGUUAUUCUUGGAAAGGAUGGCUCUAGUCGAGGUGCUCAGAAGCUUGCUCAAAUUCGUGAGAACAGCAACUAUUUUAGAUCAGAAUUGCAGAAAAUGGGGUUUGAGGUUUUAGGGGACAACGAUUCGCCUGUAAUGCCUAUAAUGCUUUAUAAUCCUGCAAAAAUCCCUGCCUUUUCAAGGGAGUGUCUCAAACGGAAUGUGGCGGUUGUUACUGUUGCAUUUCCAGCAACUCCUCUACUGUUAGCUAGGGCACGUAUAUGCAUUUCUGCUGCUCAUACACGGGAAGACAUGAUCAAAGCCUUAGAGGUUAUAAGUAGAGUGGGUGACAUGGUGGGCAUAAAAUAUUUUCCAGCGGAACCCAAGAAGGCGCAACUUGAACAAGGCAGAACGAAAGUGGAAUGCAGCUACAGCUAUGCUAUGUCCCUCUCUGUGAGUGUGCGUUUUAAUUCUUGUACCUCUUCUCUUCUCGAGUCCUUGAAACGUUCUUCACUCCAAUCCCAUGCUCGGGCAUGGGUUUGUUUGGUUGGAGAAUGA